AAACUCAUUUACUUUACAUCGUCAAAGUGCCCACUUUUACCCGCGAUUCCGUCACAAAGCAAAGACGUUACAGGCCUGCCCCAGGCUCUAAACACAUUCUUAGCGCCAGUCCAACGCUUUGCUACGGGUUACCUCUGCGUCAAUUGCCCCGGUAUCGGGUGGAAAAUACCUACAGCUCAUCGACCUCCGAAAGCCGGGAGGUGCCCCUCGUUACCUAAUGCGGGGCAGAACAUUUUCGUUGAACUGAGUAAGAGCUCCUGAAAUUCUUUUGCUUCCAACGAGAAUCUCUCUAUUACACCACAAAUCAAUUCAUCGUCAACAAUGCCUCAAUCCGCCCUUCUCCUCGGUUCCGGCUUCGUUGCCACCCCUGCCGUCGAAGUCCUUGCCAAGGCCGGUGUUCACGUUACUGUUGCUUGCCGUACUCUCGCCUCAGCCAAGAACCUCGCUGGAACUUUUGGCAACACGAACGCAAUUAGUCUCGACGUCAACGAUUCCGCUGCUCUGGAGGAAGCUGUCGCCAAGCACGACAUCACCAUCUCUCUGAUUCCUUACACAUACCACGUUGCCGUCAUCAAGGCCGCUAUCAAGGCUAAGAAGAAUGUCGUCACUACCUCUUACGUCUCUCCUGCUAUGGAGGAGCUUCACGAGGAGGCCAAGGCUGCUGGUAUCACAGUCCUGAACGAGAUUGGUGUUGACCCUGGUGUCGACCACCUUUACGCUGUCGACUUCAUCGACCGCAUCCAGCAGGAGGGUGGCAAGAUCAAGUCCUUCAAGAGCUUCUGCGGUGGCCUCCCCGCCCCUGAGAACUCCAACAACCCUCUAGGCUACAAGUUCAGCUGGAGCAGUCGAGGUGUUCUUCUGGCCCUCAAGAACAACGCCAAGUACUACGAGGACAACAAGUUGGUCGACAUCACUGGUGUCGACCUCAUGGGCACUGCUAAGCCUUACCACACCGGCUACUUGGGUUAUAACUUCGUUGCCUAUGGAAACCGUGACAGCACUGGUUACCGCCAGCGCUACCGCAUUCCCGAUGCCGAGACCGUCGUCCGAGGAACCAUCCGCUACAAUGGUUUCCCCCAAUUCGUCAAGGCUCUUGUCGACAUUGGCUUCCUCAGUGUCGAUGAGCAAGACUUCUUCAAGCAGCCUAUUCCUUGGAAGGAGGCCCUCCAGAAGUUCAUUGGUGCUAGCUCAUCAAGUGAGGAGGAUCUGACCAAGACCAUCCUCUCCAAGACCUCUCUCAGCGACGAGUCUGUUAAGAGCCAAGUGCUGGCUGGACUCAAGUGGGUUGGUGUCUUCUCUGAUGCCAAGACCACCCCUCGCGGAACUGCCCUCGAUACCCUGUGCGCCACUCUUGAGCAGAAGAUGGCUUAUGAGGAGGGCGAGCGUGACCUUGUGUUCCUCCAACACACUUUCGAGGUCGUCAACAAGGACGGCAGCCAGAACACCUGGACCUCCACCCUUAUCGAGUACGGUGCCCCUGAGGGUUCCGGUGGUUACUCUGCCAUGUCCAAGCUAGUCGGUGUUCCUUGUGGUGUUGCUACCAAGAUGGUUCUCGACGGUACUAUCACAGAUAAGGGUGUUGUCGCCCCUGUGUACCCUAGCCUUGCCAGGACAUUGAUGAACCAGCUCAAGGCCGACCACGGUAUCGAGUGCAAGGAGAAGAUCAUUGCUUAAGUGGACUUACCGACAUUCAAAGACAUGCUCGUCAUUUCGAGAAAAUUUACAGUCCUGUAAGUCAACUACAGGACGCCUACUGUACCACGACACCAAAAUAGAAGUAAAACGAAGAAAGAGAUUUUCG